CGCACCCUUAUCACCGACCCUUCAAACAACAAUGACUGAAUCAUAUAAGGUCAUGAAGUCACCAGGACGUUGAUCUUCACUCUUUAUACACGCCUCAACAUGUCAGACAUCGAGAAACACUCAGCGCAUGCCUCAUUGGCCGCACCAGAACCCCACACAGGCUCCGGCCUCUCGCGCUUCGCCUACCGCACCCCCCUCGUUCAGAUCAUUCUCGUGGGGUUCGUAUGCUUCCUCUGUCCGGGGAUGUUCAACGCCCUCUCCGGUACCGGAGGUGGCGGACAACUCGACGCGACGGCCGCCGACAACGGUAAUGUCGCACUCUACACCACCUUUGCCGUCGUCGGAUUCUGCGCUGGCGCAAUUUGCAAUUACCUCGGUAUUCGGUAUACACUCAUGAUCUCUGGGUUCGGGUACGCGCUCUACGCCGGAUCUCUACUCUGCUACAACCAUACGCAAAGCGACGCUUUCGUGAUCGCAGCGGGUGCGAUCCUCGGCGUGUGUGCUGCAUGUCUCUGGACGGCCCAAGGCGCAAUCAUGAUGUCCUACCCAAUCGAAAGCCAUAAAGGCCGGUACAUCUCUAUUUUCUGGGCAAUCUUCAAUACGGGCGCUGUGAUUGGCGCAAUCAUCCCCGUCGCCGAGAACUGGAAUAACGAUACAGGCACAGUCGGUGACGGGACCUACAUCGCCUUCAUGAUCCUCAUGAUCGUCGGUGCAGGACUUGCUGCGACCCUCGCAAAGCCUGAGACCGUUAUCCGCCCCGAUGGCUCCCACGUCGCGAUCCCCCGUCAAACCACACCGAUGCAAGAGAUUAAGGGUCUCCUCAUGUGUUUGAAGACGGAUACCUAUAUUGUGGCCCUCUUCCCCCUCUUCUUCGCUUCGAACUGGUUCUACACAUACCAAUUCAACGACUACAACGGAUACUUCUUCAACAUCCGUACACGAUCCCUCAACUCGCUCAUGUACUGGCUCAUGCAAAUCGUCGGCGCGGGCUUCUUUGGUUAUUUCCUCGAUAUGCACCAAUUCUCGCGUCGGACGCGCGCGAUCAGCGGUUGGAUUCUCGUUUUCGUGUUGGUGAAUGUGAUUUGGGGAGGGGGUUUAGCGAUGCUCUUUCAAACCCACCGCGGGGAACCCACGAAAUUCCACCCAGAUGGCGGACCACACGGGAAAGGCAUGGACGUCUCGGACGGAGGGUAUGCCGGUCGUUUGUGGUUGUACAUGUUCUACGGCUUCCUCGACGCAAUCUGGCAAACGUACGCUUACUGGCUCAUGGGCGCCCUCUCCAACGAUCCCCGAAAACUAGCCUACUUUGCGGGUUUCUACAAGGGUAUCCAAUCUGCCGGGGCCGCGAUUAUUUGGCGUAUCGAUGCCUUGAAGAAACCGUUUGAUGCUAUUUUUGGGAGUUCGUGGGGGUUGUGUGGGGUUGCUUUGGUGUGUGCGUUGCCGGUUAUUUUGAUGAAGGUUGGGAAUCAUUCGGUGGAUGGGGUUGGGGAGAAGGGGGUUGGCGGAUUAGGGCCGCAGGGGGUGUUGGGAGGGGUUAUUGAUGAGCAGAAGGUGGGAGAGCCUAGGGUUACUGCUGAGAGGGUUUCGUCUACAUGAUAUAGUCGUGCUGUUGGAUGGGGGGUUUCGGAAGCGGGAUGGUCGGGAUGGAUUAGCCGGGAGUGUAUGGCGUCUCGGUUAGCUAUAGGUUUGCAUUGGGUCGUUACCCGUACUCUUGUCUUUUCCCUUCCAUAUAAUAAUAUCACGAUAUAACAUGCUA